GGCAGCAUUAGUGCGUAUGGCGUCAUCAGGGAAGCUUCAUCAUCCUGACGAUAUUCAGUCACCAACAGUCAGAUGCUGUGCACGAAUGUAACUUUAAUGAAGAAGUGUCAGCUCAUUCAUCAGAGAUGGAGCCUCAGAAUCCAAAUCUGACCUGUGCUAUAUGCCUAGAGCGCUUCAGAGUUCCUGUGACCAUCCCCUGUGGACACACCUUCUGCCAAAAAUGCAUCACCAUUCACUGGGACACCAAAAGCAAGGCUGAUAUCGGACCCCAGUGCCCAAUAUGCAAUGAGAAGUUCCCCACCAGGCCCAUUCUCAAGCGUAAUGUGUCUCUGUCUGUUCUUACUGAGGCUGCGAAUAACACAGGCCCCUCUUGCAGAGAGUCACUUAUGAGGGGAACUGAAGUAGCCAGAGCUAUGCUGCUGUGUGACCGGCAUAAAAAACCUCUGGUUUAUUUCUGUAAACAGGACAAAAUGUCUGUGUGCUGUGAGUGUGGUAUUAAUGAGUGUGGGAACCAUGAGAGGGUGCUCCUGGAGGCAGAAAGAGAAAAUCAAGAGCUGCUGCUUGAAAGAAAAGAUAAAGAGGUGGGGAAACUCAUUGAAGAGACAGAGAAAAGUGUCAAUGAUUUGGCCGAGAAUAUCAACCAAGCAAGGGUGACUCUUCAGCAGACUUCAACAUGGGUGAAUGCCAAGUUCUCCAGCCUGAUGAAGACUCUGGCUGAGAAGCAGGAGGCCUCAGACCUCUUUAUCAAUGAGCAGAAGGAGGCUGCCAUCAAUGAGGCUGAGGCACGACUCGCUGAACUGAAGGAACACGCACAGAAACUCAAAGAGAGCCAAGAACAGAUAGCAGCACUGCAUACUCUCCCUGACACUGAGCUCAUCAAGGAAUCAAUGCUGGUAGAGGUUCCGCAUUUCAAGGAUAUUCCCACAGAUGUCACACCAAACCUCCAGGAACGAUUGAAUGGCGUCACAGAUGUGUUAUCUAGGGUCUCCAAGCUGGUGCAUGAAGACCUGGAGAAAGCUGUGAGUGCAGCUGUGGGUCAGGACAAGCAAGGGUCUCCUCAGGAUAAGCGGCCCAUUCUGGCUGUGGUUCCCAGUCCUGCUGCUCCCUGCCUCCCCGGUGGGAAAGAGGGCCUCAGUGCUUAUCGAUGCUCUCUGACCUUUGACCCCCGUACAGCCAACGGGCAUCUGUUUUUGUCCAAUGAGAACCGAAGAGCUGAGCACCUGACCUCAGGGCCCCGCCCUGUUCCUGCCCAUGAAGCCCGCUUUGACCACACCUGGCAGGUGCUGUGCUUCCAGGGCUUCACCCACGGUCAGCAUUACUGGGAGCUGGAGGUGUCCAAGCCCUGGGCCUACCUUGGGGUAACCUAUGAGACAAUCCCCAGGAAGGAGAAAGGCAAGAGGUGCAUGGUGGGAAUGAACGAACUGUCAUGGAGCCUGCAGCUGGAUGAACGGCAGCUUAGUGCCUGGCACAACGGCCGGCGGGAGACGCUGACGGGGCCGUCCCAACACAGCCGAAUUGGGAUGCUGUUGGACUAUGAGGCGGGGACGCUCACCUACUACGGAGACGGCCAGACCAGGCUUCAUGCCUUUCACUGUGCCUUCACCCAAGAGCUGUUCCCCGCCUGCUGGAUAGGAGAGGGGGUGAGCAUCACCCUCUGCUCCACAUGAAGUCAUUCACAAACAGCAGUGAAGAACAAAUUGAGCUGGAAAAGGAACCGCCAUCAAACUUAGGCACUAGGUCACUCAACACUGAGAAAACCCCUUACCCAUAUAGGAAAUAUAGUUUUUUUUUUUUCUUUUUAUAAUGACUGAUGGCCUUCCUACAUACUUUUAAUCAGAAAAGUUGACUGUGAUGAGCUUUUUAAAAGCUCUUGGAUUUUACCUACUAUUUGAUCCAAGGAUAACAAACUAUUAUAAAUUCAAGCAUAACACUACUUAAAUCUGAUGUGGUUUUACCUAACAUUUCUCAAUACUUAAUGUGAGAUUUGUCCCAGGUCAGUGUGAAGACAGCCAGUCUGCUCAGAGUUUUAGGCUAUUGUAUAUUCACUACAUACAGCCAAGAUUUUAUGUUCUACACGGCAAGUAGGACAUGGUGAUCUUACCUGUAACUGACAUACAAGGUUAGUUAAGCAUUCAUUUUUGUGUCCAGACUCAUCUAGUGAUGAAAGUGCUGAGUUACGUAUUAGAACACAUUUAUUCACUGUGUUGCAAGGCUACAACUAAACCCAGUAAUUCCUGCAUUAUCAUCUUAAAUUAAUUCUAAACAUUGGCACAAAGUGCGGCACACGUGCAUUUCAGUUGGUCCUCGAAACCAACUCCAGCUUAAGCUGUACACAAAGUAGGGCUGAACAAUAUGCAAUGGUACUUAAUCAUGUGAUUUUGACAAGGAGCGACUGGAUUUAGUGCUCAAAAUAUCAUAAUCCACUUCAUGUGCAAAAAACCACCAAAAAUUACCAAGUUUAGGUAUCAACGCGCUAUCAGUGCAUGAAUUCAGAAAAACAUUAAGCUGCUGUUAAAAGCCACUAAUACUGUUCUGAAUUCAGGAGCAUCACCAGGCCCAGUGUAAUGGGAAAUAGGUUUUAAAUCACAUUCAUAAUGAUCGUACAAAGUCUUAAAUUAAACUUGUCAGUACCCACAGAAACCCAAAUACUGCAUUUAACCAUGCUGCAUUUUGGAUGAUACUUCAAUUAGUAGUUCAGCCCUAAGGUAGACCAGAUUCCUCCUGUGCCUGAUUGUGGUUGGCUCUGCGUUUCCUCCUGGGAUCAGAGAAUCAUGAGUGACCAGUAAAAGUGCAACAAUUAAUGGAGAUUUAUCCAGGCCAAACACAUAAACAAGUACCAGCAGCUAAACAUAAAGAUAAAGGGACAUGUUUUACUGCAUUUGUUAAGUGUGUGUGUAAAGGCCCAGGAGACCCUGUAGGGUGCUCAUUAAUCCUCUCCAUUUUGGGAAACUUGUAAUUUUAAAAUCUCUCUUUUACAUUAAGAGAUGGAAGAGAAACUACUGAGAAUACAGAAGUGAGUAUCCUGGGAGUUUAACAUGAAUGCACAACCUGGAACAGCCCCAAACCGGAACGUGUGGUUGAACCUGCUGUACUGUAUAGAUGUUUUUAGCCUUUUUUUUUUUUUUAAAUCAUAAGCACUUGGAAAACACGCUGACCUUGGACUGUUGAGGUUCUAAAGGCUCAGGACAUAAAGCAUCAAUCUUUGCAAAACUGCUGUGGAUUUGCACAAGAAACAUCCAAAUGGACUACUGAGAGGGAAGCACAUUUCCAGACUGUGAUAUUAAAACCCCUCCUGCUGCUGGAAUAUGUUAUUAUUCUAAUGCACAGUGCUUUGUUCAGAACCAACCCAUCCACAUGUGCUAUAGCAGUGUCGAAAUAAAAACACACUUCUGUUCCACAUCAAUCAGGAGCUGUUUAAUAAAAUGUAAUCCAAUGCAAACAUGCAUUAGUCGAGAUCAUGCUUUGUUUUCUUAUUUGAGUAAUUUUACAUAAAUUUCUCAAUAAAUUAGUUUGAAAUAAAUAACUGAGCUUUAUUAUUUUACAUACAGCCAUAACAGAGCAAACAGGAGCCCGAUGCAUAGCAUUCUCAAAGUGCAGAGAAUCAGCCACGGAUGUGCCACAGAUACAGAAUAUAGAUUAGUGACCAAUACAGGAAGAAAGACUCAGAUACUGAGGUGCUCAGAUCCGCUUUGAAGACUGACCUCAAACUUGAGAGUAAAGAUCACAAAUACACCAAGUAGAAACGGUGACACAAUCCUCCAGUGAGCUGUUCUUGUUAGAGUUAUGUUUAGAGGAAUGGAAAGGUGAAUCCAGAGUCUGACCAUGUGUUUUCUCAAAUGUUGAGCAGCAUGACAAAACAGGAUGUGACAUCACUGGGUGACUGCUCUGCUCCUGCAUGUUAUAAAGAUAAUCCCUGCAGCCCAGCCCUCCACCCCUCACUCUGCUGCUCUUAAUCCAGGAUCAGGGAUUCACUUCUGGGGCUUUUAAUCUUUGUGGUCAUCUCAAAAACAAGUCAAAGCAGACCAGGCCACCCUACAAGCUGCUCUCUUUUACAAAAGCUACCGUUUCCUCUAGGUUAGUGUUCUCGAGAAAAUAUCUCCAUCUCAAAAGUCUAUAUAUGAAAAGCCUGUAUACACAAAUAAUAGAAAAAUAAAAGACUGCAUUUAGACUGCUUCUAGAUAGGUCAGCAAACAAAUUCACAUUGUUAGAUUCUAGUUUAAGUCAUAGAAAAUUAUAAGUUACCUUUGCAGCAUAGCUAAACCUGGACUUUGGGCUGGCAGGCCGACAAAUGCUGAAAUAGCUGAUUAGUUCCCAAGGUUUUAUCAUCUACACUGGGAAAAGCCACAUUUUUAACCACUUUGGCUUGACAAUCUUCAUUGUGUCACUCUUAAAGACUGUUACCAAUAGUUUCCAUCAAGUAAAGGUGCUUUUUUAAAGGAAGUCUGAAUACAUUACAUGGAUCAUUUAAAGGAAUGUAAAGAUUUGCACCAGAAUGGAAAUACAGAAGGAUGAGAAAGGUUAGCGCAACAGUGGAGUUAGAAAUAGGUUAGGGAAGAUGGAAAGAUGGCAUAAUGUU